AUGGCUGAGGGAGAGGAGGUUCUGCUGGCCCCAGGAGCUGAAAACAGAUGGUGCAUUAGUAAACCUGUGCGGGGCAGGGACCAGCCAGUGCUGCUGGAGAGAACAAACCACUUCAGUCCUGAGGCUGCCCUGGGCAGGGGCACCCAGGAAACAGCUUGCUCUGAGCUGGCACUGUCUGCGACCCCCAACAGUCUCAGAGGGGAGCAGUCAUUGGCCCAGGAAAUGUCCCAGGAACAAGGACGGAGCACCUUCACAGAGGUCCCUCAGCUCAAGAAGAGGCAGGUCCAGGAGAGGGGACACGGUGGCCACCAGCAGCUGGUCCAGGACGUCUCCAGUGACCCAGCUGGCAGCACCGUCUUUACGUGGCCCAGCGGAGCCGCAGGGCAGCGGACGAGCGCCUUCAGCAAACCAGCCAGGUGUCCGGCAGGGAGACCUGGGUCAGUCUCUGUCUUCCAAACAUGUGGAUCUUCAGAUCCCCUGGGGGAGCUGUUGGGACUCAUCAGUGUGGCAGGCAGUCCGUGUUGGCGCCAGCUUUCACGUUCUAAGCUCGCCGCGGGUGAUAUGUGGAACUCGCAAACACCGGCACCAAAUGCUCCUCUCUGUCCCCCUUUCCUGGGAGCCUCCAUGCUGUGGCUCAAGCACACUGUGGUGCAGGUCCCCAUGGCCUGGUCAUCUUCCGCCACCACCUCGUGGGCCCUCCUGCCACCCACAUUCUCCUCCGAGGGCCUGUCCACCCAGAAUUGGUGUGCAAAGUGCAACCUCUCCUUUCACCUAACCUCUGACCUCGUCUUUCACAUGUGGUGCCACCACAAAAAGGAGUUUGCGGGGUCUGACCCCCACUCUAAGAAGCCAAGAGAGGAGGCCCUCACGUGCCCCAUUUGCCACGAGUACUUCCGGGAGCGCCACCAUCUCUCCCGGCACAUGACCUCUCACAGCUGA